AUGCUCUGCACACGGUGUCUGCGCACUGCAUUUCCCUCGCAAAACCUCCUGCGAACGACCACCCGCUACAUCUCCACCUCGCGACCCUUCCUGAGCGAAGCAGCACCGCCACUGUCGACGCCAAUAUCAUCCCCCGGCGAUGCAGCGCCCGCGGCAGCCCCCAAGAUCUCCUCCUGCCCCGAGGGCACGGUGAUGAAGGGCCUCAACUACCUGAAGAACGGAGAGGACCCUGUCGCGAUGAAAGACGAGGAGUACCCGGCCUGGCUAUGGGAGUGUCUCGAGGUGACGGAGAAGACGGGGGCAGGCGAAGAGGAUCUGGAUGACGAGUUCUCCAAGUCCAAGAAGAAGCGCAAGCAGGCUAUGAAGCGCAAGCGUGAAAUCGACGAGAAGCUCCUGGCCGAGGGCAACUUUGAGGCGCUCGAGCCCAAGGUGCCGCUGCAGCACCAAUCGGUCAACCUGCCUGGCAAGGAGGGCGGUUCCACCGAGGAGAAUCUGGCGGCGAAGAAGGCGAGAGACGAGCUGAUGAGGGCCAUGAGGGUCGAGAGGAAGGCCAAGAUCAAGGAGCGCAACUACCUCCAGUCCAUGUAA